GUGGAUGAUUUGUUUCUAAAAUAUUUGCCCAGAUGAUUGCUUUAGAGACCGUUCCUGGCACAUUUGACACUUUGUUGCAUUUAUAGGAAAGAUCAGAGCACAAUGCCUUUGGAAUUUAGGGAGGGGGAGCAGAACAAAGAUAAUAGUGGAGCUGGUAUUUCGGUCAGAGUAACAAAAGGGACCAGUCAGACAAAAGACCUCCUUAAAGGCCAUGUGAGAUUAUAUUACUGGGUUAUCUGUGAAGAAGAGAAGACUUGGGUGGAGUAAAAGUUUGGCAGAGACGCAUCCUGGAUUACAAACCACGCCAGGCCGGACCAUAAAGUCACAGAAAAGGGUUUCUGGAUUUGACAAAAGUCCACAGCUGUGCCACCUGUGUGAGUGUGGAUUACUAAUACAAGGACCUGCGAUGAGGCUUUCCAACUGACUCCUACAAGUCCGUCAACAAUGUUCACCCCCAGGAAAAACAGUCUCCCUUCCCCGAGCCUUGAGGACUCCUUCUUCCCUCUCUCCUCAUCCUCCUCAGUCUCGCUCUCAUUUGCCCUGCCCUCAUCUGCAUCCUCUCCCAGCAGCAGUGACAGUGGAGGCGGGAUAGAGACAGAUCUGAUCUUAGCUGCAGAGCUGGGACAGGCUUUACUGGAGAAGAAUGAGGAGCUGGCAGCCUCUCUGGAGCAGAGCGAGAGGGAGGUGGAGACUUUGCAGCAGGAGAAGCAUGUUCUUCAGAGGAAGCUGGACAUGAAUGAGCUGACGUCUGGGCAGAGGGAGGCAGAGCUGGCCGCAGAUCUAGCUGCCUUAAGGGCCGAGCUGGAGCGACAUCACAGCCAGGGGCGGGACCGGCGAAGGGAUGAGGGUGAACAGCUGACUCAGUUAGCCAAUCAUAACCAGCGGCUGGUGGAACAGCUGGCAGAGGCUGUUACACUGGAACACUCCUUGAGGACCGAGCUUCGCUCGCUCAGAGAAGAGAUGGAGGAGUCGUCUUUUAGCCGAAACAUCAACUUCACACAAUUAGAGAGCAUACAAGCAGAGAACAGAGUUUUGCUGGGGCGGCUGUCGCACAUGGAGGCACAGCUGAAAGCUUCAGAGGAGGACGGCGAUAGACUCCGCACAGAGAGGGAGAGGCUGAGAGACAGACUGUCAGAACUACAGGCGACACUGAAGGAGAAAGAAGCAGAGAUAGAGCAGGAGCAGGGGCAGAUGUUUGAGUUGCGAACCUUGAAUCGCUCCCUUCAGCAGAAAGCUCUGAACCUGGGAGAGGAAAGCUUUCUGGACAGUACACACACACAACCUCUGUCUCUGCUUAGUGAAAUUCAGCAAUCGCAGGCUAAAGAGGCUCUUCUAGCUCACUCCACCGUCCUGCAAGCAAGAGACGAAGAGAUUCAAGCGCUCAAAGAGGAGCUGCAGUCUCAACGAGAGGAGCUGGAGUCUCUGAGGGAGGAAAUCAAGCCGUUCAGAAACAGUCCUGACAUGCCAAGUUACAGUUCCUUAGAGAGCGAGUUGGCCACCGUGCGCCAGGAGAAAGAAACACUAACUCAGCAGCUUCUCAACACCAUCAAACACAAGGUGGCGCUGUCUCAAGAGCUGGAGGCCUGGCAGGAGGACAUGAGGUUGGUGAUCAACCAACAGGUGCAGCAGAGGGAGGAGGACAGGCAGAGGGAGAAUCAGCGAGAGAGAGAGAGCACAGGGCUCCAGAGAAGCAAAUCUUUAAGAGUGAAGGGGGAAGGAGGGAAAGGCUUCUUCUCUUUUUUCAAAGAGAAAUGACAGACAGACUAUCAGCCUUUAACUUUGCCAAUAUGAGAUUAUGCUGCUGGAAAAUGGACAACGAGAUACAAGCAAGUGGAAUGUUUACAGACCUCAUAUUUGAGUAUAUUUGUAUAUAUAUGUUUGUACAUAUGUUUUUAAUUUUUAAGACUUUAUAUAAAAAAAUUACAGCCA